AUGGCAUCGACCCUUUUAUUUAAAACUGGGAUUGUAUCAUUGCACGUGUUUCUUUCGGUCUUGGGAUGCCUCGCAAUCGAAUUUAUACUGUACCUUAGGAGGAACCACGAACAGGGGAACAUCUUCUCAGACUUCACCUCAAGCUCGUUCGUCACAACGAUCAGAGAGGGAGGAUUUAGAUCAUUUGUGCCAUAUCUGCUGUCCUCAUGGAGAAGAUUUGGAACACUGAUAUUCGGAUUAACCUGCCUCGGUUCAAUAGGAUUUAUAGCGAACCUGUCGUUCCUGUACUUUAUAAACGUGAAUGAAAAUAAAGAAUUCUUACAAUCUUUUUGGAAAUUUGAUGCAGUAUUGUGCACAAUUUUAUUGUUUUUUGUAAUACCACUGGGUAUGUCAAACAAGUUUGUGAGUCUAAGAUCGAAUUUGGAGCUGAAACAAAAGCUCCUGGGGACACUUUCGUUUUGCGGAGUUUGGAUCGGGUUCGGAAUAAUAGUAGGACACAUAGUGCUGCACGCAAUGUUCUACUUCAUGAAGCCGCACUCGGUCGGAGUCAUAUUCACGGGAAUCUACUACAUGUGCGGCUUCGGGCUCUUCUUCGUGGCGCUGCUCGUGGGAUUCUCAGGCAUCUACUUCCCGUACCUGCUCUACAUCAUCAACAGGGACGUCUCGUCGGUGCGGCAGCUGGAGAGCCUUAUCACGGACUGCAACAAGGCGCGCAGAGACCUGAAGGUAAAGAUGCUCGAAAACAACGUCUACUACUCGGACGACGAGGCGCUCGACGACGAGUUCCUGAUGCAGGUGGACAGCGGGAGCCUGGAGACAACUGACUCGUCGACGGAGUACAAAAACGCAGCCUCGAAGGCGGAGCACCUGCUGACCUCGUACCUGCCGGCGGAGAUGUGCGUCAACUUCGAGCUGGAUGACCCCGGACGGGGGGCGUCGGCAACCUCGAAGGUGGACGCGCUCUUCAGGAAGCUGAAGACGCUGAAGCUGAAGGUCUCGAGCAAGCUCUACAAGCUGAACUACGCGAGGGAGUUCCACUCCUCGGGCAGCCAGCACGACAACGACGAGACGAGCGUCAGAAUGUGGAUGAUGAUGAACGAGCUCAAGAGCGACCUCGACUACCUGCGGAUGCUGAAGAAGGAGAAGCAGUCGUCCUCGAAGCUCUCGGGCAAGCUCUUCCUGGGGCUCAAGUGCCUUGUGGCCGGCGGCUGCAUGAUCAACUGCUACAAGAUAUGCAAGCGCGCGAUCCUCAUGCUCGUGAACAACUACAGCGAGAGCCUCUCGCGCAUCGAGAACCAGAAGAUCAUCACGAAGGCGUACUACGAGUUCAUGCGCGACGAGAUCGUGUCCUCGAUCCUCAACGACGUGCUCGAGAGCGUGCAGCUGCCGACGGCCUUCGACUUCGUGAUUUCGCGCGCCAACUCGAUAUUCCUGGCCUGCGUGAUGAUCUCCUCGGUCGGCUACUUCCUCGACUUCGGGCGCGUGCUCCUGAAGACGAAGUACCUGCAGAAGAACAAGCUCAUGUCGGACAACACGCUGGGCCUCGCGCUCGCCUGCUUCAUGAUCCUCACAUUCCCGUCGCAGUUCGUGCUCGUCGUGCCCUUCCUGCCGAAGGACCUGAAGCAGCAGCUGCUCGCCUUCCUGUUCAAGAACGACCUGUACGUGUGGUUCGGCCUCCGCUACCGGUUCGACCUCAUCGUCCUCGUGACCAUCAUCCUCACGUUCAUCGGAAUCCUCUGUCUCCACUACUCGAGGUCCUUCAAGAAACUCAACUACCACGUCGGCUGCAAUGUAUAA